AUGGAGAUAUCGGCAACGCUCGGCGAAUUUAUCAACAGUUUCAAUGGUAAUUUCAUGGGGAGCGGCGUCGUUUGCGUCAAUAACGUGUGUUACAGCGGAAGCGGUGGCCCGUUCCUUUUUGCCGGCAUGGGAUGCAGCGUUAUCAACAAUAAAAUCUACAAGGAUGGUGUGUAUCUGCGCGACAUGAACGCAGCAGACUAUGAGAAGCUGCGAAUGUACGAGCAAGCUGUUCAAUACUGGACACAGGAUUUGCAGGACAGCAUACAAAGAAGUUUCCCAUGGGACCCGCGAAAUCCACAACACGUUAAUUUUCCUUGGAAUAUGAUGAGUAGAGUACGUCGCCAUGCAAAGCGCGAAAAGAUGCAGCGUAGAUCGAAACGAUUUUUACCGUUCCCAGCAGUGCCAUAUUUCUGUUAA